AACGGCCUUAUGCUCUGUUUUGUCUUCCCAUGCUGUAUGUCUAGUUCUCCUUGUGCUGCAUUUAGUGCAGCGAUGGAGGAGACAGUCAUUUGGGAACAGCACACAGUUACACUACACAGGGCACCAGGGUUUGGCUUUGGGAUAGCCAUAUCAGGAGGUCGAGAUAACCCUCAUUUUCAGAGUGGCGAGACCUCCAUUGUCAUCUCAGAUGUGCUGAAAGGAGGCCCGGCAGAAGGCCUGCUGCAGGAAAAUGACAGAGUGGUUAUGGUCAAUGCUGUCUCCAUGGACAAUGUGGAGCAUGCGUACGCUGUCCAGCAGCUUCGCAAAAGUGGGAAAAUCGCCAAAAUCACAAUCAGACGAAAAAGGAAGGUGCACGUUCCCAUGGGCCGGCUGGGGGAGAGAGAAACCAUGUCGGAACAUGACGAAGAGGAGGACAGCUACGAUGAAGAAAUAUACGAGACGCGGAGUGGCCGCAGUGGUGCUUACAGUGGCGUAGGCGGGGCCAUGGGCAGGCGCAGCGGUCGGGGCAGCGGGCGAAGGGACAGGGACCGCGAGCGCAGCGGCUCGCGAGAGAGAAGUCUGUCCCCGCGCUCGGACCGCCGCUCGCACAAUCUUCCCCCUCGGCCCGCCAAGGUCACGCUCGUCAAAUCCCGUAAAAAUGAAGCAGAAUAUGGCCUGCGACUGGCCAGCCAUAUAUUUGUCAAGGACAUCUCCCCCGAGAGCCUGGCAGCCAGAGAUGGCAAUAUCCAGGAGGGGGACGUUGUCCUGAAGAUUAAUGGCACAGUGACAGAGAACCUCUCCCUGAUAGACGCUAAGAAACUGAUAGAAAGGUCAAAGGGCAAACUAAAAAUGGUGGUUCAGAGAGAUGAUCGGGCGACCCUACUGAACAUCCCUGACCUCGAUGACAGCAUUCCAUCAGCCAACGCCUCUGACAGAGACGACAUUUCAGAUGUCCAUUCUCUGGCAUCCGACCAUUCUAAUCGAUCGCAUGACAGACAUCGUAGCAGCCGCUCCCGCUCCCCGGACAGGCGGUCCGAACCCUCAGACCACUCUAGACAUUCACCUCAACAAAUCAGCAAUGGCAGUCACAGAAGUCGUGAUGAUGAACGGAUGUCGAAGUCUGCUUCAACACCAGCAAAGCUAAUGGAGGACAUUCCUCUUCCUAAACCGAAGGAUUCGGCCAUUGGAAGAGAGGAGAAACAGCUCCCACCCCUCCCAGAGCCCAAGCCUGUAUAUGCUCAGCCUGGACAGCCAGAUGUAGACUUGCCCGUCAGUCCCUCUGAUGCUCCUGUGCCAAGCGCUGCCCACGAUGACAGUAUUCUACGGCCGAGCAUGAAGCUGGUGAAAUUCAAGAAGGGGGAGAGUGUGGGUCUGCGUCUGGCUGGAGGGAACGACGUGGGCAUCUUUGUCGCCGGAGUGCUGGAGGAUAGCCCAGCUGCUAAGGAGGGCCUGGAGGAGGGCGACCAAAUUCUCAGGGUAAAUAAUGUUGAUUUUGCAAACAUAAUCCGAGAGGAGGCGGUGCUAUUUCUUCUGGAUCUUCCUAAGGGCGAAGAGGUCACAAUUCUGGCUCAGAAGAAAAAAGACGUUUAUCGGCGGAUUGUGGAGUCGGACGUCGGAGACUCUUUCUACAUUCGGACACAUUUUGAGUAUGAGAAGGAAUCCCCAUAUGGGCUAAGCUUUAACAAGGGUGAGGUUUUCCGUGUGGUGGACACUCUUUACAAUGGAAAGCUAGGUUCUUGGCUGGCUAUUCGCAUUGGCAAGAACCAUCAGGAGGUGGAGAGGGGCAUCAUCCCCAACAAAAACAGAGCGGAGCAGCUCUCCAGUGUUCAGUACACACUUCCCAAAACGGCAGGAGGUGACAGGGCGGACUUCUGGAGGUUCAGAGGCCUUCGCAGUUCAAAGAGGAACCUGAGGAAAAGCAGAGAGGACCUGUCUUCCCAGCCAGUCCAAACAAAGUUCCCUGCUUACGAGAGAGUCGUACUGAGAGAAGCUGGUUUCCUAAGACCGGUCGUGAUAUUUGGACCUAUUGCUGAUGUGGCUCGAGAAAAGCUAUCCAGAGAGGAGCCAGAUCUCUUUGAACUCGCAAAGAGCGAACCCAGAGAUGCAGGAACAGACCAACGAAGUUCAGGAAUCAUUCGUCUUCACACCAUUAAACAGAUCAUAGACAGAGACAAACACGCUGUGCUGGACAUCACCCCGAACGCCGUGGACAGGCUGAACUAUGCUCAGUGGUACCCGAUUGUGGUCUUCCUGAAUCCCGAUAACAAACAGGGAGUGAAGAACAUGAGGACGAGACUUUGUCCAGAGUCCAGGAAGAGCGCCAGGAAGCUUUAUGAGCGAGCCAUUAAACUGAGGAAGAAUAAUCACCACCUGUUCACCACGACCAUCAACUUGAACAAUAUGAAUGAUGGCUGGUACGGCGCUCUGAAAGAAACAAUCCAGCAGCAGCAAAAUCAGUUGGUGUGGGUGUCGGAGGGCAAGGCGGAUGGCACUACAGAGGAUGACUUGGAUAUCCACGAUGACCGUCUGUCUUAUCUAUCGGCGCCAGGUAGUGAAUACUCCAUGUAUAGCACAGACAGCCGCCACACCUCUGACUAUGAGGACACAGAUACAGAGGGAGGCGCGUACACGGACCAGGAGUUAGACGAGACGUUAAACGAUGAAGUGGGUCUGCCCACGGAGCCUGCCAUCACCCGCUCCUCAGAGCCUGUAAGAGAGGACCCCCCUGUGAUACAGGACACCCCCGGGUACCCUGGAUACCAGCACCCUGUGCAGCCUGACUCAGCCAGCCGAAUGGACCCCGCUGGAUUCAAAAUGGCCGCACCACAGCAGCAAGGUGAGGCUGCCAUGUCCCUGCCCUCGUUGCCUCCGCCGGUGGUAGCCUCCCCAGCUGCUGAGCAGCCUGUACAACUAGAGGAGCCGCCUGCUGCAGCUGCAGCUCCUCAGGCUGACUCACUUAACAGCCCCAGCUCUGCCCCUGAGCUCAUUCAGCCCCCACCACCACCUCCACCACCACACGAACCCCACUCGUCUGGACCCCCUGGUCCAGAACCAAAGAUGUACAAGAAAGAUCUGUACAGUGUGGAGGACCCAGUGCGAAUCAACCACGGUCUGAAGCAAUCUUUGAGCUACAGUCACCAGCCGCCGUUUCAGGACAAACAGCCAUACCGUGAAUACGACCACCCGCCUUAUGGAUACGAUGGAGGCGGCUACUCAGAACCAAAGCCUCACAACUCUGACUCCCACCUGCACUACGACAACCGUGUGCCUCAUUACAACGAACAGUGGCCCCCAUAUGACCAGCAGACCUCGUCCUCCCAGCCCGCCGGGUACCAGCCGGGCCACCAGCAACCCAUGGGCUACAGUCCUCGCUCCCCCUACGAGGAUGGACCAGGGAGGGAGUACAGCCCCCCUCAGCCACGCUACGAUGAGGCCCCGGCGGUGGGCUAUGACAGCAGACCACGGCACAGUAAACCUGGGCCCAUUCGGUACGAUGAGCCCCCACCCCCAACAAGCUACGAUGCCCGUUCUCCUUAUGAGGUAGAAUCCCGCAGCUUUCCUAUUAAUUCCCCUCGCUCACCAGAGCCUCCAAAGCACUAUUACGGUGACUCCGGUCUGAGGCCCGCCUACAUGUCUGGGCUUCAAAACCGGGGUUAUAAGCCAGGGAUACACGAGCCUUUCAUGAACUCCGAACCCGCCACCCCCCCUCCGAAACCAGACACCCUGCCGUCACCAGGAGAGCCAGCAGUCACUCCCACCUCCAAGCUCCUUCCUCCUCCACCACGGGAAGACCUGGAUGAAGAUCCGGCCAUGAAGCCACAGUCGGUACUCAACAGAGUCAAGAUGUUUGAGAAUAAACGCUCUGUUUCAAUGGACAGAGCGAAAGAGGGAGAGUCUUCAGUGGCCAGGCCUGCAGAUGUUCCUAAACCUGUGAAUGCUCCUGCCCCAGUCCUGAAAGCCAAUUCGCUCACCAACCUGGAGCAGGAGAGGUCUACCUAUAGGGCUCCUGAGCCACAAAAGCCUCAUUCGAAGCCUCUGGAUGAUGUCGUGCGCUCUAACCACUAUGACCUAGAGGAUGAUGAAGAGUACUACAGGAAGCAGUUGUCCUACUUUGAUCGGCGCAGCUUUGACAGCAAGGCAAUAGGCCAACCCAGUCCUGGUAUCAACCGAUUUCACGAUCUGCCCAAAACCGCCCAGCUGUCCUACCCUUACAACAGGGUCGAGUCUGUGGAGAAGGUGAGCCCUGUGGACAAACGAUAUGAACCUUUGCCCCAAAUCAGCCCCUCCACUCAGUACGGACCCCCAGCACCCGCCAUCCCACCCAACACCUUGCCCAAACUCAGCCCCGGUGACGCCAACUCCAUACCUGAACCACUGAGCUCCCCCAAUCCUAAACCGGAUCUGCCAGCUCUCAGACCAACCAGCAGGGACGAACCCACGCCAGGUGGUUACCUGCCGCCCAGAGGCCUCCCCGACAAAGUCCCUGUUAACGGCACUGAUACAUCAUCCUCGAAAACACCGGGUGCUCUGCCUUCAACCAGCUACAACCGCUACGUUCCCAAGCCUUACACCAGCGCAGCCCGGCCCUUCGAGCGCAAGUUUGACAGCCCAAAGUUCAACCACAAUCUGCUCCCUAACGAUACGCAGGUGAAGACCGACCCCCUCCUCAGUAAGCCCGGAGUGGUGAGCAGCACCUCUGUGAAACCUCAGCUGUCACCGCAGCCCCUCGAUCACGACAGCGGCCUGGACACAUUCUCGCGCACCAUGGACAACAGGCCCAAGUACCAGCACAAUAACAUCAACGCCAUUCCCAAGGCCAUCCCUGUAAGCCCCAGCGCGUUGGAUGAUGAUGACGAGGAUGAAGGACACACCGUGGUAGCCACUGCCCGGGGGAUCUUCAACAGUAAUGGAGGGGUCCUGAGCUCCAUCGAGACCGGCGUCAGCAUCAUCAUUCCCCAGGGUGCAAUCCCAGAGAGCGUGGAGCAGGAGAUUUACUUCAAGGUGUGCCGCGACAACAGCAUCCUGCCCCCCCUCGACAAGGAGAAAGGAGAAACGCUGCUAAGUCCGCUGGUGAUGUGUGGCCCUCACGGACUCAAGUUCCUGAAGCCGGUGGAGCUGCGCUUACCUCACUGUGCGUCUAUGACCCCUGAUGGUUGGUCUUUUGCUCUAAAAUCCUCCGACUCCUCGUCGGGUGAUCCUAAAACCUGGCAGAACAAAUCUCUCCCUGGAGAUCCAAACUACCUGGUGGGUGCAAACUGUGUGUCCGUGCUCAUUGACCACUUCUGAAGAGGGCGACAGCUGGCCUGUUAAUGAAUGUGAUAAACGGUUGGGGCCCUGCACUGCGGCGGGGUGCACACAGCUCAACAAACUAUGAACUUGCUCCUCUCAUGUUGUUUACUGUGCCCAAAACUUUAAAAAGUAGAGAGAGACUUUCUCACACCCAGGUGAAGAGAGUCGGAGGAGUCCAGCAUCCAACGAGGCUGGACCUUUCUUCAUUUCUCAUUCUUUUCUUUAGUUUUGUUUUCAGUGUUUUCAAGGCUUGCAAAAAAAUAAAACAAGUUAUUUAAUCUAAGGAACUGAAGUUGGAAUGCAUGACCAGUGCUACAGGACUGGAUAAUCUCAUUUUGACAUUUUUAGCUCAUUUUUCUAAAAUGUUACAGUGGUGCGAAGGAAAAAAAAAAAAAGGAGAAUUUUAAAACCUUAUUUAAUAUGGCAGCAAGAUCUUUGUGUACUGUAAAGAAAAAAAAAAACCACAAACGGCAAAAUUUGUUUGUGAGCUCAGCGUUUCACUCAUGAAGGACCUUCGAGGACUUCUGAUUCACGAAGGAAGACGUAGGUGUGGUGAAGCUUAGAAAGUAAUGAAGGAUGAAAGUAUUAAGUAUUAGCAACGGACGUCCGUCCGCCCGUUUGAUCGGACGGACGGACAGAGCUCUCUCUGAUUAAACUGCUGUUUUUCUAGAAAAAAAAGAAGAAAACGUUUUAACGUAGUUAAAUAUACUGACUUGAUUUUACAAACUCCUGCUGUCUAGAGAUCUAUGCAUGUGCUACGACUCAGGUCCAGAAGCCUGCUACUACUAAGUUCAACACAUGAAAAACCCCAUCGUACACUGCAAGCAGUGAUGCCUUAUCUGCAUAUUAACUUUUCAGUGAAAACCUUCAAACAUGGGAUCCUUGAGUUAGAGCAGGAGGAACUAAAACGAAACGUGUUUCUGCAUUUCUCAUCAACAGUGAACUUGGAUUUAGCACACACCGAUUAAUUGGGGCUGAUGUUUAAACAGUAUGCUUUCUUUUACUGCUAUGCAUAUGAAGUCUGAGGAAAUACACAAAGCUAGAAGAUGUUUAAAACGUGGCUGUACAUACUGCUAGCAUAUGGCCUUGGUUCUCUGUAAAUGACCUUUUGUACAUCUUUGUUAUUUUGUAUAAAAGAGAAAAUGGUUUGUUUAAAAAAGAGGAAGUGGUUACAUUGGUUAUGUUUGUAUUCUGGUUAUACCCCUGAGCCUUGGAACUGACAUAAGCAGUAAUAAGUCCGACUUUUCUACCAACAUAUACACACAGACAGAUACACUACUUAAGGCAUUUUUAACUGUCAGAAAACUUUUUAUUCUUAUUUACAAACUAGAGAAGUGCUUGGUUUAACUGAUUUUAAAAAGAUGUACUUAAGGGGGGCUGCUUUGAAGAGUGGUCCCUUCCUUUAUUUGUGAUACUGGAUGCGGUAUUGUGUGCCCUGAAAUGUAUUUUUGUACUAAUAGAUGAUUUACUAUGGCACAUCAGUACUAUUUUUUUUUUUUUCUUUUGAUAUGAUAACACAGCUUCAAACCAACACUAGUUUAUUUUCCCGUGUGGCCAACAUUCUUUUUAUUUAUUUAGAUUUUAUUUCUGUUCAGUUUUUUUUUUUCUUUGCAACACAUUUCUAAGUAUACCACUGUAUUACUAAAUAAAUUCAUUUAUAAAGUGAA